AUGAGCUCCGACUCUGGCGCGCAAAAUUCGCAUCCGCCGUACUUCUCCCAUCCCUUCUACCAGCCUAGUCCUCCCAGGGAAGCCGACCUUUAUACGUCUGCAGGCCAGGUGCCUCAAGGAUCAAAUCCCAUGGCUUUCUCCCAUUCCCAGAUGCCUGCGCUCAACAUGCAAAUGUCCCAGCUCGACUUCCAGGCUCUGCUUGGCUCGCAGGACGCCUCCGCACAACAAGGCGUUUCUGCACAGAUGUCCGCGCCAUCACAGGCAGCGCUACUGGAACAACAGAUGCGGCUCAACCAGCUGCAGCAGUUGCAGCAGCUUCAGAACCAGAUCUUCCAGCAGCAGUUGGAGCUUCUUAGCGGGCAGAAUACGCUGUUCCCCCCAGCAGUGCCUGGGGAUCGACAAAGGGAUCAGCAGCAAUUCGGUCUCCCAACUCCAGCUCAGUCUACAGAACUUCGUGCGCAACCUAGCCCGGAUUUCGUAUCUCCGAUGAUUCUACAGUCAAACGCGGCAUUGUCGAAUAUGCACUCUAUGCCCCCAAAUCAUGGCUUACCUGACUUCCCUGCGGGCCCAAAUGCCUCACAUUCGGCUCCUGCAAAUAUAGCUUUCCAGAUCAAUCCUUCCCUCCCACUCCACACCGCGGGUGACCUAGACUUCAGUGAUUUUUCGCCACUCACUAGCCCGUGGCUGGAACCAUAUUCCAAGUCGCAGCACGCGUCGGGUCCCAGUACGCGCCAACAACCACAUCCUAGCGCAGGGAACAAGCGGCGCAUGACGUCGUCUAGUGGUGAUGAAUCGAAUGCUCCGUCGGGAAAACCUGUGCGCAAACGUCCAUCAUCAGCUGUUAAAACGGUCUCCAGGGCGCCUGCGGUCCCGAAGAAGGCAGGCACACGGGGUACGCGGUCUGCGAACUCGACGCCGCAGUUCCCAGCGACAUUGACCCGAUCGGGAGGAUCUGGCGGGGGAGCGAACGCUGCAGACGUGCCAAAUGACACGCCGUCGCCCAUCGAGCUGCCCCCAAUGCCCCCGCCGGCACAGAUUCCCUCCAGCAUCCAAACACAGUCGCUUUCGCCGGUUUCUCACCAUCCUGGCUCGGCCUCUGUUGCCGCUGUACCCGUCGGCAAUGCGCCGGCGCCGGUGCCAAACAUGACGCCAGUGACUCCAGCAAGCAUUAUGAAUUUGGGCAGAUUAGGCAUCCACAGUUCAGUGCCGCAAAAUCCGAUUCCCAGCGGCUCCAAGAAGGUUGAUGGUUCUGUGAAGAGGAAAUCUAUUGAGUCAUCUGGAGAGUAUUCCAAGACCCCCAGGUCGGCUGAGAAGGGCUCCGCGGUUUCCCUAGUGAGUCCAAGUCUAAAGCCGAUCCGACCAGCUGGGAAUACACCACUGCUACAGCCGGCCGCGCCGUCGCCGACGACAUUCGCGGAGCCUGGGAUGCAGGUGCGCAAGUCGUCGCACAAGGCGGCGGAACAGAAGCGGCGGGACUCGCUCAAAACGUCGUUCGAUGACCUGCGGCUGCUGCUGCCCCCAAUUCCGCUGCCAUCAGACGACGGCUACCCUGACGAGCCGAUCCUGCCUGGCGCAAUGCCCCCGCGUGGGCCACCAAAGGGCCAUGCAGAGGGUCCGAACAGGGGCGUGAGCAAGUUGCAGCUGCUCCGGUGCGGAAACGACUAUAUCAAGCUACUAAAAGGCCGCGUGGACCGUAGGGACGAGGAGAUGGAGCGCCUCCGCAGAGAGGUGGCGCGCUUGCGGCUGCUGGUCAGCCCUGAGGCCGCGCAAGUGGGCGAGGAGGUGGACCUGGAAAAGGACCUGGACGCGGUCGAGUUUGCUGCCGGUGGGCUUCUGGCCCGCGGGCAGGGAAACUUUUCUGGCGUUGCGUCUGUCGAGGGAGACGAGGGAGACGAAGAGGGGUGUUAA